AAAGAAAAAAGGUGUCUACGUCGACGGCAGCUUACUUUGAGAGCCUUGGUAGGAUGAGCUCCGCGGCCAUGAAGCUCGCCGUGGUGGCCGCGCUCAUCUCGGCCGCCGCCGUGGGCGCCCGCGCCUGCCUCGACGUCGGCUUCUACGACACGACGUGCCCGACGGCGGAGACGCUCAUACAGCAGGUCGUCGCCGCCGCCUUCCGCAACGACUCCGGCGUCGCGCCGGCCAUGAUCCGCAUGCAUUUCCACGACUGCUUCGUCAGGGGCUGCGACGGCUCGGUGCUGAUCGACACCGUGCCGGGGUCGACGACGAGGGCGGAGAAGGACGCCGCGCCAAACAACCCGAGCCUCCGGUUCUUCGACGUGAUCGACCGCGCCAAGUCGGCCGUCGAGGCGGCGUGCCCGGGCGUCGUCUCCUGCGCCGACGUCGUCGCCUUCAUGGCGCGGGACGGCGUCGUGCUGUCCGGCGGCCUCGGCUACCAGGUGCCCGCGGGGCGGCGCGACGGCCGGACCUCCCUCGAGGACGACGCGCUCAACUUCCUGCCGCCGCCAACGUCCACCGCCGCCGACCUCGUCGCCAACUUCACCGCCAAGAACCUCACCGCCGAGGACAUGGUCGUCCUCUCCGGCGCCCACACCAUCGGCGUCUCCCACUGCGACUCCUUCACCAAUCGCAUCUACAACUUCCCCAACACAACCGAUGGAAUUGAUCCGUCGUUGAGCAAGGCGUACGCGUUCUUGCUGAAGGGCAUCUGUCCGCCGAACAGCAACCAGACGUUCCCGACGACGACCACCUUCAUGGACAUCCUGACGCCGACCAAGUUCGACAACAGGUACUACGUCGGGCUGACAAACAACCUCGGCCUCUUCCAGUCGGACGCGGCGCUGCUGACGGACGCCGCGCUCAAGGCCACGGUGAACUCCUUCGUGCGCAGCGAGGCGACGUUCCGGCUCAAGUUCGCCAGGGCCAUGAUCAAGAUGGGGCAGAUCGGCGUGCUGUCCGGGACGCAGGGCGAGAUCAGGCUCAACUGCAGGGUCGUCAACCCUGUCAAUGUCACUGCUACUGCAGCUGAUGAUCACCACCUUACUUCCUCUUCCUCCUCUUCUUCAGAUGAAGUGGCUGCAAGCUAAUUAAUUAACUGAUUACCACUGCUUGUUAGUAGGUGUGCAUGCACAGACAGUGAUUGAGAUGUGUGUGAAGUUCAGUGUGAUGAGAUGAUUAGAUGCUUCAAUUGUUUGUUGCAGUUACAGUGAUUGAGAGACAUCAGAUCUUGUUUACCUGAUGUAGGUGUUGGUGGUUGAUACUGUCACCAUCUUGUGCUUGUCAGUCUGAAAAAUAAAUUGUUGCAUCCAGCAUGCACUGGUGUCAGAUGUUGUUCU